ACAAAAGUUUAAAAUUUUGACUAUUCUUUCCAUUUCCUGCUUCUUUCUAUACGUAUCAGUCCUCCACUUCUAUUCCUUUCUAUGCCACAGCCGUAAGCGAUCGCGCAGAUCAGAUAGCUGCAAUACGUUGCACCGGUUCUGUUCUUUUGGAUGCCACGCCAGUAGCCAAUCGAUAGAGAAAACGAGCAUCACGUUUCAGGUUAGCAACGGAUAUCAAAUAUCGGCGCUAAAAAUACCAAUUUUUUUCAAAGUAGAUGUAAGUAUCAUUUUCAUGUAUGAUGGUUUCAAUCUCUCGUACACCAACAACCUCCAAAAUCCUCCCAAAUCUUAGCAUCAUCAACAAACAACAACCUCCUCAAUAUGUUCAUCAAAGAAAAAUAUUGGAAUCACAAAUAGUCUCACUACUCGACUCCUCCAACAAUCUCAAUCAAGCCAAGCAAAUUCAUGCCCACAUCAUUCGUAAGUGUCUUGAUCAAUGCUCCUAUGUAAUUACAAAGCUCAUUCGUGUUUUAACUGCAAAAUUCAACGUCCCUAUGGACCCAUACCCCCUUCGCGUCUUUCACCAAGUUAAGCACCCAAACCCGUUUUUGUUUACAGCUUUGAUACGUGGUUACUCUGUACAAGGACCUUUUAUGGAGUCUGUAAAUUUGUAUAAUCUAAUGAGACGACAAGGGAUUGGUCCUGUGUCUUUUACAUUCACAGCUUUGUUGAAAGCUUGUAGUGGUGGUGGGGUUAGUCUGGGUAUGCAAAUUCAUGGGCAGGUUAUAAGUCUUGGUAUGUUUACUUAUGAUUUGUUUGUGGGUAAUACUUUGAUUGACAUGUAUGUUAGAGGCGAAUUGUUAGAUAGUGCUCGUAAAGUGUUCGAUGAAAUGUCUGAAAGAAAUGAAAUCUCGUGGACUACAUUAAUUGUGGCUUAUGCAAGACAUGGGAACAUGGAUGAAGCAAGUGAGUUGUUUCAAGGACUACCUACAAAGGACAUGGUAGCAUGGACAUCAAUGGUGAUGGGAUUUUCACAGAAUGCCAAUCCAAGAAAGGCUUUGGACUAUUUUGAGAAAAUGCAAGAGGCUCAGGUUAAAACAGAUGAGGUCACAUUAGCUAGUGUCAUUUCAGCUUGUGCCCAAUUAGGUGCACCCAAGUAUGCUAAAUGGGUUCGUGAAGUUGCUGAAAAAGCUGGAUUUGGACCUGAAAAUAAUAUCAUUAUAGGGUCUGCUUUAGUUGACAUGUAUUCAAAAUGUGGAUGUAUUGAUGAUGCAUGUAACGUGUUUGAUAAAAUGCCUGAGAAAAACGUUUACUCUUAUAGCUCGUUAAUUCUUGGAUUUGCAAUGCAUGGAUAUGCACAAAAAGCAAUCAACUUGUUUGAAAAAAUGGUGAAAACGGAUGUGAAACCAAAUGUAGUAACAUUUUUAGGAGUCCUCACAGCUUGUAGCCAUGGAGGUUUAGUAAAACAAGGUCAAGAUCUUUUUGAAGUGAUGGAAAAAGACUAUAAUGUAACCCCAAAUGCUGACCACUAUACAUGCAUGGUGGAUCUUCUUGGAAGAGCUGGAUGCAUUGAUGAUGCAUAUGAUCUUAUAAACAAAAUGCCCAUUUUGCCCCACGCGGGUGUCUGGGGAGCCUUGCUUGGUGCUUGUCGUAUCCAUAAGAACCCUAAAAUUGCUGAAAUUGCUGCAAAUCAUUUAUUUGAACUCGAACCAAAUGCUAUAGGAAACUAUAUACUACUCUCAAACACUUAUGCUUCUGCUAAAAAAUGGAAUGAUGUUUCAAGAAUUCGAGGGUUGUUUAGAUCCAAGGGUUUGAAGAAGAAUCCUGCGUAUAGUUGGGUAGAAGGGGCAAAAGGGGUAAUUCACGAGUUUCUUGCGGGUGACAUGGGUCAUCCUAGGAGUUUGGAGAUUAAGAGAGAGUUGGAGGAUCUUUUGUGUAAAUUAAGGUUAGAUGGGUAUAAGCCGGUUUUGAGUUGUGUGCCUUAUGAUGUGAGUGAUGAUGAGAAGAUGAAGAUAUUGUGGGGACACAGUGAAAAGUUGGCAUUGGCGUAUGGAUUGCUUGGUGAUUCUAGAAUCAUUAGGAUUGUGAAGAAUAUAAGAAUAUGUGAAGAUUGUCAUGUGGUAAUGUGUGGGGCUUCCAAAGUUAGUGGUAGGGAGAUUGUUGUUAGGGAUAACAUGAGAUUUCAUCAUUUUCAUGAUGGUGUAUGUUCUUGCAAUAACUUUUGGUGAUCAUAUCAAAUUACACUAGAACUUAAAUGGUUGAUUACAUAAAAGAUCCGUGUUUUUACAUUUUUCUGGUUUAAACCUAAAUUUUCAAAAAAAAGGAAUUUUCCUAUAAAAGAAUAAAAGAUUUAGGCAAACUUUUUUUUUUCUUUGGCGUUGAAGUUAUGGAUAUUGUAAAGUUGUUAUUUGAUUUGGGAAUAAAAGAGUUGACUUAUGUUGACGUUUUUGUGACAA